CCACCUCCAAGCGCUGAUUUGACGUAAACAUAACCUAUAAAUAAGUUAAGUGACAAAAUUGUGGAACAAUCAUAAACAACUUUAGAAAAUAGCGAUAAAAAGUAAAUGUUUAAACAAAUUAAAAAUGUCCACAGAGAGAUUAGUGACUGAAGUCCCCAGUAGUUUAAAGCAGUUAGCCAGAUUAGUCGUCCGGGGCUUCUAUACCAUCGAAGAUGCGUUAAUUGUUGAUAUGUUGGUACGAAAUCCGUGCAUGAAGGAGGACGACAUAUGCGAGCUUCUAAAAUUCGACCGGAAACAACUGCGAGCCCGCAUUGCCACCUUAAGAAGUGAUAAGUACAUUCAAGUUCGUCUACGUAUGGAGACCGGUAGCGACGGUAAAGCUCAGAAAGUGAACUACUACUUUAUCAAUUAUAAAAGCUUUGUGAAUGUAGUUAAGUAUAAAUUAGAUUUAAUGAGGAAGCGAAUGGAAACGGAAGAAAGAGACGCUACCAGUCGUGCCAGUUUCAAAUGUCCCGGAUGUUUUAAAACUUUUACAGACUUGGAAGCGGAUCAGUUAUUCGAUAUUGCUACCUGUGAGUUUCGUUGCACUUAUUGUCGCGAGGUAGUUGAGGAAGAUCAGUCUGCUCUGCCGAAAAAAGAUUCAAGACUACUGCUAGCCAAAUUCAACGAACAGUUGGAGCCCCUGUUUGUGCUACUGCGAGAGGUCGAAGGUAUCAAACUCGCCCCGGAAGUUUUAGAACCGGAACCAGUCGAUAUUAGCACAAUUCGCGGUUUAGAUAUUAAGCGGGCAAUGAACGCACCUUCCGAACAAUGGUCAGGAGAGGCCACCCGUAAUCUUGGCUUUAAGGUGGAAGAAGCUACGGUUGAUGUUACGAUAGGAAACGAUAAUGCCAACGUGGCAGCCGCUACUAAUCGCAAGCAGGCUCCAAUUUGGAUGACCGAAUCGACGGUACUUGGUAGUAACGAUCAAUUGGAAAGGCAACCGAACGAAACGAUUACUGAUCCUGAUGAGAUUUCUAGUCACAAUGGAAAAUCCGAUGACAUAAUGAGCGUGCUCUUGGCGCACGAGAAACGUGCGAGUACGGCGGCUACCAACGCUUUGAAGGCGGCCGAAUCCGAUUCAAGCUCUGAUGAAAUGGCCGAUGUAAAAGAAGAAAGGGAGACUAUUGAAACAAUGGAUAGCGAGGAGGACGAAGACAUUAGUGUUCCUACAGUUUGUGUGGGAAAUAAAAUCGUUAACAUUACCGAUGUAAAUGAUGCCAUUAUUGCGGAAAUGACACAAGCUGAGAAGGACAUUUAUAUACAAGUGUUCCAAGACUAUUACUCCCACAUGAGUUAUUAAAAUAAUUCAUUAAAAAAUGUUUUCUCUAAUUUUAGGACAUGUUGAAGGAGAGUAUGUGCCUGUAAUGCUGCCUGCAGUACUCUUUUUUUUUAGAUUUUUAAGAUUGCGUAUAGUUUUUUCUUUUUAGUAAAAAUGAUGUGAUUCCUUUGCUUUA